AUGUCAACUUAUGUUCCAACGAUAGAAAUCAAUAAAAAACAAUUGAAAAACUUGAUUUAUUUCAUUGGUAAACAUGAAGAUUUAUUAGCUAAAUAUGGUGCAAUAAAAAUUAAAUUAAAUGAAAAUUGGAAAUUAAAUUUAAAGAAAAAAGUCGAUAUUUUCUCAACGAAUUCAGUUAAUAAACAGUUAGUCAAAAUUCCUUCGAAAAAAUUCAUUUACCCAGUUGAGGAAAUCAAUUCAAUAGAAAAACCAUUUCAAGAAAAAUUCUGUAUACAAAAUGAAAAUGAUUUUCUAAAUUUAUUAAAUUCAUCCAAAUAUCAACAGUUGAAUAUUUCAUAUAUAAUGGAUGAAAGUUUUUUUCUCCAAAAAACAUCCAUAGACCACUUCUCAGUCUAUCAUUCUAUUUAUGAAUCAACCUUAAAAUUCUUCCAAAAAGAUAUUCAAAAGCAAUUUCAUCCAUAUAUCCGGCGAACACAUAAAUCACCUUCAAUAUUUCCAUUAAAUUGUGCACAACAGUUUUUCUUCACUCUUGAUUAUCAUCGUCAAGGUGAGAAUCAUCAUUGGUAUAUUAUUCCAAGUCAUCAAAGAUGCAUUUUACAAGAUUUACUCUCUAAACAGAAUCAAUCCAAUUGUCUUGAACAUCAACAAAUAUUUCUUCAUCCUUUGUUUUUUUAUGAAAAUAAUAUUCAAUACUAUCGAAUCAAUCAACAAGAAAAUGAAUUUGUUAUUUUAUCAUCGGGAACAUUUUAUCAAUCUUUUACAGAGAAUUAG